AGUCUUGUUUCUCGUUCUCUCUAGUUUUCUCCCGUUGUUUCUUUUCGUUUUCUAUCAUCCUCUCCAAUUUAAAAACACUUCGGUAUAAAUAUUUUUAACUUCCAACUACAUCCAGCUUUGAAGUUCUCCAUUCCUCUUUCCAGAACUUCCGGUUUUCCAGACUACAGCGCUCGAUCGAAGUUCUAGAUAUUGUAAUUCUUUUGAAGGGUGACAAUGCAGAACGAGAGACAUAAACAACCAAGUGACCCGUUCCACAAGUUUGGAGGUUUUGGACAUUUUGGCGGCUUUGGUGCUUCAAUCUUUGGGAGAAAUCCUUUUGAUGACCCAUUUUUCACCCGCCCAUUUGGCAGUAUGUUCCGUUCAGAUAAUUUUUUAAACGAGUCGCCUCUAGUUGUUCCACCCGUUGGACCGGUUAUUGAGGAGCUUGACACUGAUGAUGAAAAGGAGGAAGAAGAAAAUAAGGAGACCAACGGUGAACAAGUCCUAAAGAGUGCUAGACAGGCCAAUGAACCUUUUGUUGAUCAUCCGGAUGAUGAAACUGAUGAGAAUACCAAAAAAUUGAAUCAUCGGACAGAUUACAACCGGAUCAAAGGUACACAAACGCAAAAUUUUAAAGUUCAUAGUAGUAAAGUCACUUAUGGUGGUGUAGAUGGAAUCUAUUACAGUAGUUUGGCAACAAGAAGAAUGGGAAGUGAUGGAAUGAUCCUGGAAGACUGUAAAGAGGCAGACAAGAGAACAGGGGAAGCAGCACAUAGGAUUUCGAGGGGAAUUCAUGACAAGGGCCACACACUUACUAGGAAGCUAAAUUCAGAUGGUGAAGUAGACAUGUUGCAGACACUGCAUAACCUAAACCAUGAUGAACUAGGGAGCUUUGAGGAGGCCUGGAUAGGAAAUGGCGGAAAGGAUCUACCAACAGGUACAGAAAUAGGUUCGAGUUGCAAUAUGUCAAAUUGGGGAGGGUUUCUCCUUCCACCUUUUAGUCACGCGGGAAAUGAUCAAGGAAGCAGACAAGGUUAUGUUGAUCCUUUCGGUGGCAGAACUAAAAAGGUUGUAAGAAUCCCCAUAGAGUAGACGGGCGUGUUUAGCAUUCUCUACAAUUUGGACAGAGUUUCAGAAACCUGCAUCCUCAAGUAUUCAUGUAUAUGUUAUUUAUUAUUUAUUUGCAUGAGAUUGUAGGGUUUGCUUUACUGUUGCCUUGUAGUAUCAGAUUUUGACUGGGGAUUUCUCCCUAAAUGGGUCUUGCUGAGCUUAUACUUGGAUUUUCAGUUGUAACUGUUAUUUAGUUGGUUCCUGUAUCACAUUUUUCACUUGUAAAUUGUAAGACUGCAAUGUAUGGAACAUUUGAAAUCCAUAAGCAAAUUUAGAUAAAAAAAAAGUCAAAAAAUAAGUUUAGAGUUAAAAAAAUAAGCGCCUUUUAUUUUGAUGUUAAGGUUUGGGUAUGUUUGCGUUUAACAACAGCGGGCUAUUACUAAGGAUACGUUAAAAAAGUCGGUCAAAGAAUCGUUCGCUGUUAUUAACAGCGAGUCAUUACUAAAGCUGAGUCAAUAAAAUUUAGUCAAGUAAGCGGCCGCUCUUGCUAACAGAGGGCGAUUGAGUUGACUUUUGUUGACUUUUUGAGUAUUGUUAAAUUUGGAUGUUAAUGGUCCACUAUUCGUAACGGGGGGCUAUUGUUGACCUGACUUGCUUUAAUAAUAGCCCGCUGUCAGUAACGGCGAACAAAUACCAACUCUUGGCAUUUGGCUGGUGGCGCUUAUUUUUGGAUACAAAUUUAAUCGAAGCUUAUUUAUGAAUUUUUUUUUGUUUUAAAAUGCUUAUUUAUUUCUAAUUUUCGCAAUGUA